UAUCUCGUUUCACCACAGUACAGUACUUCCAUCAUGGCAGGCAGUAAGUUGGUGCUAGAGGGUAGAGUAAGUAUAAACGGCUUUAUUUUAGGGCUCAGCGUGGUUGCAAUCCCCUUGAUCAGAACCUGGUUUGGGCGUCACGACUGGGUCUUUGAUUAUCUGACUGAGACUCCCGGGAAAAUAGCGAUUUCUUUUCACAUUGCCGUUAUUAACGGCCUCUUGCUUCUAAUAUACAGAGGACCUCUGUACAAGGUUGCUGUGAGAGCCUGCUUUCUGGGAGUGAUAUUUGGCUGUGGGUUAAUUAUAAGCUUCUCUGAAACCACUUGGACACAUUUUGGCUGGUACAUGUGCUCCCUGUCCUUCUUCCAUUACUCUGAGUACCUGGUAACGGCCAUCAUCAACCCUCGCAGCCUGUCAUUGGAUUCAUUCCUGCUCAACCACAGUGUGGAGUACACACUGGCUGCUGUCUCAUCAUGGGUGGAGUUCACCGUGGAGAAGCUGACUGUUCCAGAGCUCAAGCAGCUCAGCUGGCUGAGCCUUUUGGGUCUGUUCAUGGUGCUGUGUGGUGAAGGACUGCGGAAGGCGGCCAUGCUGACAGCCGGUUCCAAUUUCAACCACAUCGUCCAGAAUGAAAAGGCCCAGAGCCACGUGUUGGUCACCAGUGGGGUCUAUGCCUAUUUCAGACACCCUUCCUAUGUGGGCUGGUUCUACUGGAGCAUAGGAACACAGGUCAUGCUGUGUAACCCGGUGUGUAUCCUGGGUUACACGAUAGCCAGCUGGCGCUUCUUCCGGGAACGAAUAGAGGAGGAGGAGCUCUCCCUCAUCCACUUCUUUGCUGAGGACUAUGUUGAGUACAAGAAGAGAGUUCCCACAGGGCUGCCCUUCAUCUCAGGCAUCCGUGUCAACUAGUCCUAAGAGCUGGAUGCUGGACAGAGUAGACUUAAAGCUCCAAAGCGGGUCACACCUGAUGGGUGUGUGUCGUCUGCCUCGGCGGCCAUCCUCCUGAGGUGAAACCCUGCGGCUGACCGAGAGCCUGUAGCUCACAGACAGACACCAUGACAGCUGGCACGGCGGCAGGCAGCUGGACUGCUGUUUUUAUAUCAACCUCCAAAAUUCAGUUAAAGACCAAACGACCUCCACUGCACUACAUGUAUUCCACUCCAUCUCUUCCACACAUCCCAUCUGAGCAUGCUUUGUGUUUUCACUGAUCACCUGUGGUGUUGAAGAGUGAUCCUGCUCUGGUGUCAUACCUCAGCAGACUGAUCUGAUCAUUAUCUCAAGUUUUAGUGGCAAAUGUUUGAAGAUGUUUGAGUUCAACAGGAAAUCAACCAGGUUAAAAUUAUCACUGUACAAAUUCUUGAAACAAUUCUCCACUAAAACUAUUCUGGUUAUGAGCCAGGCCCACAUGAAUGCUCACACUGAAGGCCUGUAAUCUUGCUCUAAGUCUGUGGUCAUCACUGUGUUCCUAAUGGGAAGCUCGAAGUGGAGAAUAAAUGUUCAUCCUCUGAAGCUGCUUUUAAAUGAACAUCAGGUUGAUUUGGUUGGGAAUGUUACAUUUUGCUCCUCAAACAUGUCAAACUCCACAUUUUCCUGCUCAUUAUUGUUUGUCCACAUCAGAAGCUCUAAAUAUGAAGCCUACAGCCAAGAUCCUGCUGUGA